AUGGCGAACAGCACCAGACGUCGACUAAGUUUUGUUGAUUUUCCUGAUCCUCAAGUGUGGCAUAAAUUGAUUGAAUAUGCCGAAGUGACUAUUGCUUUUACUAAAUUGAUUACUGAUUUUACAAAUCAAUCGGCUAAAAUAUGGUUUUUAGCCUCAUCUCAGUUACAUCAACUUGUAAGUGAUUUUCGUAGAAAAACUGAAAUUGAAAUUCGUGAAAGAUGCCAUUUAGGUGGUAUGAUGUACGAUUUAUGGGAAUCAUUAUUAUUGGAAUCAGAAUUAGAAUCACAAUCUUUAAAAAAAAUGGCAUGUUUAAUGGAAAAAGAAAUUUGUACACCAUUAGCAAGUUUUAUAACAAAUAAAAGUGUUGAAUUAUCUAUUAAUAAACAACACCGUUCUGAUCUUCAUGAAAUAUUAGAAACAAGUCAUAAUAUUGUUCAAGAAUUGCAAAAAGAAUAUGCAAAGAUAUAUAGUGAUUCUGGUGUGACACCUGAAUUUCAUCGUGCUCAUAAUCAAUAUGUUAUUGAAUUAGUUGGUGUUAAUGGUCUUUUAUCAAAAUAUCAAUAUCAUGUUUUACCACAACUUCUUCAAGGAAUGGAACAAUCACAAAUUGGUGUUAUUGAUACAGUUUGUCAAAAUUUACAAUUAAUUGCUUCUCUCAUACAAAAUUACCAUGAACAACGUCAUCGUAGUUUUGCAUCAUUUGUUGUUACAAGUUCAACAACAGAUCCAAAUGAAGAACUAGAGAAUUAUAUUUGUUCAAUAAAUGAAUCAAGUGGUGAGCCAUCAACACCACCAAUUAAUAUUGAAUUUGAAAUAUUUCAUUCUCCAUUCAAUAAACUAACUACAUAUAAUUCUCGUUUACAACAUUUAUCACCACAUAAUAGUGAACAAUUAAUUGUCUAUGCAGCACCAAUUAUUCAAUCACAAUUAUCAGCACAUUGCAGAGAAGCAGCAGAACGUUUAAAAGAAGUUAAAAAGGAGAAAUCAGCAUUAUUAGCUGUUGUUAAUAAGGCACCAACGAAACAUCAUCUACAACAUGAAGAUCAACAACAGGACUGGAUUCUGCUGUUUCCCCCUUGUAUUGAAUACAAAUUCGUUUCGAUAAUUGCUCAAAACUCGGGUCAACUUGUUAAAUUUCAACCGUUGCUAAACAACAUUGCUAUUUUAUAUCGAAAUGGUGGUGGUGAUCAAGUCAAAGGCAUACUUUUUACUGGAAAAAAUGCAACUGGUAUUAGUGGCUCUCGUAACGAUCAAGAAAAGCCUCCUGGCAUGAUCGAAAAUUCCAAUUGCACUUUCACAGAUAUUGGAGAUGGUGUGAUCAAUCGAUUUAUUCAUAUUUCCAUUGUUGGGGUUGCUGUUAGUCAAGCGCAGUGGCUUUUUAUUGAGUUGCGGGAUCUUGUUCAGGAUUUAGCCACGACCGUUCAGGAUAUUUUCAUUUUAAACAGUGGAAAUGGACUUAUCAUAUGUGAAACAGAUGGUGCUUUUACUUUCUGGAAUAUUGUCUGUCGCAAUAAUAAAAAUGGUGGUCUCAUUAUCUACGAUAUGCUUAGUGGUCCACUGACAAUAACCGAAAGCACAUUCGACAAUAAUCGAAUAGCCAAUGUUUUCAUUUCCAACUCAUAUGCUGUUAUUGUUCGUGAUAGUUUGAUUAUAAAUGCACGCCCCAAAUCAGACGAUUCCUAUGGUGAUGGGUUUGUAGCAAUGAAGAACAAAGAACCGAUCGAAUUACGUACGAGUGCAGUAUACGACAAUUAUCGUUCUGGUGUAAGUGUAUGGGGUGGUAGAUUGAUAGUGAUAAACAACCAUCUACAUGAUCAUAAGUUCGAUCUCAAUUAUGAAACUUUUGAUGGCAUUCCGGGCGAUUUUGAGGGUUCAGCAGGAAAUAUUUGUUCUGAUUCUUCACCUGACUAUAUCUGUUCAGCUCUAUCAUCCGUAUUGGAGCCACCUCGGCCUAUUUCUCCCACACACUGA